AUGGUUGAGGUUGUCAGAGCGGCUUCUUCCUCCAGCAUGAGGUUCGUUGCCUCUGCUCCUGCGAAGGUCAUCAUGUUUGGGGAGCAUUCUGUUGUCUAUGGGCAUAUGGCUAUUGCCUCAGCAAUAGAUCUCAGAACAUAUUUUGAUGUAUCCGUCAAGUCAUGUGACUAUCCUGAUAACGACUUUAUUUUUUUGGAGUUUGAGGGUAUUUGGCCAAAUGGUAUCAAGGUGAACAGGAUACAUUUACAAAAUGGCUGUGAAUCUUCGGAUGAGGAAAUUCUACUCGCUGCAAAUAAUUGUACACAAAAAUGUCUUUCCGAUAAUAAUAUUAAUUCCCCGAGUACUCUGCUUACAGUGGCUUUGUGUAUGUGCAUUGUAAUCUUUAUAAAAGCGUCCAGCAAAAGUGUUAAUGGAUCGGUUCCCCCCCUACACAACCGUAAUUUUUUUGUAUCCAUCAAAGUGUCUUCCGAGGUUCCAAUCGCCUCCGGUCUGGGAUCAUCUGCUUCUUUUUCUGUUGCGGGUGUGGUAGCUUGUCUUACUCUGAACGGAUUUAUUGAUCCUUAUUCAUGGACACCUUCCGAACAGGAGUUUGUUCAAAUUGCAAAAUUGGCGAACCUUGCUGAAAUGGUUGCUCAUGGCAAACCUUCAGGUCUUGAUGCCUCUAUAUGCACUCGGGGAGGUGCAAUUACGUUCAAAAUGGGAAGCCCUCCCAUUUGUGAGCCCCUUAUUCAUCCUUUGGAUUCAUCUAGCAAAAUAUUGAUAGUUAAUUCUGGAAUAGAGCGGUCCACUAAAGAUGCUGUUGAAUUCGUUCUUGACAAAUACAGACAAGAUCAUGAAGGCAUUGAAAGGAUAUUCUCAGAUAUCGACACAAUUGCACAUUCCGCCUGUAGAAUAAUGUCGGAACUAGAUUUCAAAACCAGCAACCAGUUUACGAAGGAGCUUAUGGAUCUUGUUAGUAAUGGUCACGAUCUCCUCAAACAGUUAGGUGUUUCGCACCCUACGCUAGAUCAUAUUGUCAGGAUCGCCUCUGAAUUUAAUGUAUCAGCUAAACUUACAGGUGCUGGCUGGGGUGGCUGUGUAUUCGGCUUAUUUCAAGAG